GCACGGGCCACUAGAUGGUGCUGUUGUUUCUCCCCAGAGUUCCUGGUUCGUGUCAGAAGGUGGAGGUGCAGCACCUCCUUCAUUGUCUGAGUGAGAACCAACGGGAGAAGAUCCUGCUCGCCGCUCGCUGAGGUGAAAUCCCGUCUCUCUCCCCGGCUCACUCGCUCAGACGGCCGUCAUGGCGACCGCAGAGAGCCUCUGCUGCGGGGCCAACCGUGUUUAAAAACUCCCUUGGGAUUCACAUUUCCUCUCCGAGCGCCCUGACGUGGAUGCAAUAUCUUCGUUUCAGCUGCGGGAAAGAGUUUGGCUUGGUCAAGCCCGCAUUACCAGAAAAGAGAAGAAGGGUGAACAUCCCAGAGCACCAUGGCAGAGCCAGACCCGGAAAACCCGUCUUCUGGAGCAGGUCAGCGUCUUGGAGCUCCUGAGACUCUUGGCAUCAGUACAUUGGACCCGGGCCACAAGCCGCCGGCCAUGCCCCCUGGACGACAUGUCACUGUCACGGUCCGUAUGUUGGAUGACACAGAAGAGGUUUUUGAUGUCUCGCAAAAAGCGUCAGGCAAGGUGCUAUUUGACCUGGUGUGCUCCCACAUGAAUCUGAUUGAAGGUGGCUACUUUGGCCUGGAGUUUCAAAACCACAAAAGCAUGAUGGUUUGGUUGGACCACAUCAAACCGAUUAUUAAGCAGCUUCGACGACCGAAAAACACAACCCUGAGGUUCAGUGUGAAGUUUUUCCCCCCAGACCACGCGCAGCUGCUGGAGGAGCUGACGAGGUACCUGUUUGCCCUCCAGAUCAAGCAGGAUCUCUCCAGUGGACGUAUGAUGUGCAACGACACCAGCGCGGCUCUGAUGGUCUCCCACAUCAUCCAGUCUGAGAUUGGGGACUUUGACGAGAGCCACUGCCGCUCACACCUGCUAAACAACAACUACAUUCCAGAUCAGAUGACCCUGAUCGAUAAAAUCAUGGAGUUUCACUCAAAGCAUAUAGGUCAGUCACCAGCAGAGUCAGAUUUUCAGUUAUUGGAGGUUGCUCGCAAGCUGGAUUUUUACGGGAUUCGGCUGCACCCUGCCAAGGAUCGGGAAGGUUCGAAGUUAAGUCUGGCUGUGGCGCACACAGGUGUUUUGGUCUUCCAGACACACACGAGGAUCAACGCCUUCAACUGGUCCAAAAUACGCAAGUUGAGCUUCAAGCGAAAACGUUUUCUCAUCAAGCUAAGGCCAGAUCUAAAUAGCUCCUAUCAGGACACGCUAGAGUUUUUGAUGGCCAGCAGGGAUUGCUGUAAAGUCUUCUGGAAGAUCUGUGUGGAAUACCAUGCCUUCUUCCGCCUCUUUGAGGAACCUAAACCCAAACCCAAGCCUAUGCUCUUCACACGAGGAUCUUCCUUCAGAUUUAGCGGUCGCACACAGAAGCAGGUGAUUGAUUAUGUGAGGGAAUCAGAGUUCAAGAAGAUCCCAUUUGAAAGGAAACACAGCCGAGUCCGAUACAGCAGUAGAGUUCAACACAACAGUCGCCUGUCGCCGCUGCCUUCUCCUCGCCACCAUGAAGUGCCAUCAGAAAGUGGUGUUCCUCAGGACUUCUCUUCUUCUCCUCCUCGGCGUCACUGGAAGGAGUCGGUGCUUGUCAGUGCCGAAGACCCAGCAGCUUCACGAACUUCAAAGAUGAGCCCAAACCAUCAAAGAAAUGGCCACGAAGACAGAAAGGAGUCCAUUUCCAAGCCUGAGGAAUCAAGAGGAUCAACACGACAGAUGUCCCCAGAACAUCCGAGCCAAGGUCCAGCAUCUUGGUUUGCCAAAGGCAGCAGCUCAGCCAUCAGUUGUGUAGUUAGUGAGUUGAACAUGGGAAGGGAGGAGGCCAGCAGAACAAACCAGAGUUAUGGUGAGGACUUCAAUUUGCGUCUGGGUUCAGGUUCCAAGCAGGAGCAUUUACUGGGUAAGAUGAAGUACAGGGAAUCUCCUUUGCUCAACAUGAACCAUGAUCCAUAUCGGUCUCUCACGCAGUCACGUCCAAAGUUUGACCUUAGUCCUGGUUACGGCACAGUGGGGAAAAUCAGAGGCCAUAACAAAGAGAGGCAGAGCAGCAGCCCCCUCCCAGGUCAACAUACGUUUGGCUCAAGGAGUGUUAUCUCCAAUCCUGCCAAUAAACCCACCCACCAAGCACCUUCUCUCACUCACACUGAGCAGAAUGGCUACACGGCCCCCCUGUUUAAUGACACAAGAUCCUCCCCCCGCCCGAGCCGAUCGCCUCGCUUACACAAUCUCCAAAAAGUACAUCACACCUCAUGUGCAGACCCACUUCAGGGUGCAUCCCCUCCAGGGCCAGAUUCACGCCCGGUUAUGUCUCGGGCCGAGCGCAUGGCAGCUCUUGAGCGCCGCAUGACGGCCAACGGCCUCACGGCUCCGGGGAGGUUCCGGGCCGGAAAGAAACGGUUAGGACAGGUCGGAGUCAAACAUGUGGAAGCCGUGCAAAUGUGUGAGGGCUCCACCACCAGUGGGUCAGAAUCAAGCGAGUCUGAGGGAGAGGACAGAGAAAACUGCAGCAACAGUACAGUGGAGGCUAGCUCUCCUAUACCAAGAAACAAAUUCUCCUUUGGGAGCCUCCAGCUGGACGAGGAGGCAGGGGAUGAGGACGGAUGCCAUAAUUUUAGUGAUGAGGAAGAGAGGGAGAUGUUCGUGUUGCAGCCACAACAUAGUGUGGCUCCCCACAGCCCUCCGCCGUCCGGACAGCCCCAUGGGAUGGUGAACGGUCAGAAGUCCCUGGAGUUGUGCAGCCACAGUCUCGACGGCCGUCAGCCUUCGCCUCUGACCAGCCCGCUACUCAACGACGCCUGCAGCAUUCGCACUGAUGAUGAAGAUGAGGUCCGGAGAAAGAGGUUUCCCACUGAUCGAGCCUAUUUCAUCGCCAAAGAGCUGCUGACCACAGAGAGGACAUAUCUGAAGGACCUGGAGGUGGUGACUGUGUCUUUCCGGAGUGUCGUGGAACAAGACGAGGCAACCCCUGACUCCCUGAAGAACACCAUUCUCUCCACCUUUGAGCCGCUCCACAAGUUUCACACUGGUUUUCUUCGCGAGGUGGAGCAGAGGCUGGCUAUGUGGGAGGGACGUUCCAAUGCACACAUUAAAGGAGACUACCAGCGCAUUGGAGAUGUCAUGCUGAAAAACCUUCAAGCUUUGAAGCCUCUGACGACAAACAUGCACAAGCACUCUGACAUCCUCCUGGAGCUGGAGAAGGCGUGCAAAGCGUCACAUAGGGUGGAAAAUUUAUGCAGAGACUUUGAGCUGCAAAAAGUGUGCUACAUCCCCCUGAAUGUCUUCGUCCUGCGACCUCUCCACCGCCUCAUUCACUACAAACAGAUCCUGGAGCGCCUGUGCAAACACUACCCAGCCACCCAUGAGGACUUCAGGGACUGUAGAGCUGCUCUGGCAGAUGUUUCUGAGGUGGUGGAUCAGCUCCAGGGGAGUCUACUCAAGAUGGAGAACCUCCAGAAGCUCCUGGAGCUACAGAAGGAUUUGCUCGGUGUUGACAAUCUUGUGGUUUCUGGUCGCGAGUUCAUCAGGUUAGGCUGCCUUAGCAAACUGUCCGGAAAAGGCCUUCAGCAGCGAAUGUUCUUUCUGUUUAAUGAUGUCAUUUUGUACACGAGUCGAGGGAUGACACCGACCAAUCAGUUCAAAGUGCAUGGGCAGCUGCCUCUCCGUGGCAUGACAAUCAGAGAGAGCGAGGAAGAGUGGGGUGUGCCUCACGCCUUCACCCUGGUUGGACAGGGACAGUCGGUGGUGGUAGCAGCAAGUUCGCUGACAGAGAUGGAGAAGUGGAUGCAGGACAUCAAGAUGGCGAUAGAGAUGACAAAAACCAGCAAUGGCCCCACAUCGGAUGUGCUGACCUGCACACUGACUGAUAACAAAUGCCCAGAGGACUCCACGGUGGAGGCAGAGUCCGAGGACGACACAACAGCUUUGCAUACGUCGCUGGAGAAGCCCACAGCUCACCGUGGCAACACCAUGGUGCACGUGUGUUGGCACAGGAACACCAGUGUGUCCAUGGUGGACUUUAGCGUAGCUGUGGAGAAUCAGCUGUCGGGAAACCUGCUGAGAAAGUUCAAGAACAGCAACGGGUGGCAGAAGCUCUGGGUGGUCUUCACCAACUUCAGUCUGUUUUUCUACAAAUCUCACCAGGAUGAUUAUCCUUUGGCCAGCCUCCCUCUGCUGGGAUACUCAGUCACUGUUCCCGCUGAAAAUGAAAACAUUCACAAGGACUACGUCUUCAAGCUACAUUUUAAGUCUCAUGUGUACUACUUCAGAUCGGAAAGCGAAUACACUUUUGAGAGGUGGAUGGAGGUCAUUCGCAGCGCUACGGUCUCCUCCAGCCAGGCCCGCCUCCGGAACAACAAAGAUCCCCACCCUCACUGAUUCAGUCGGAGUUGUUUUUCCCCGUAUCACAUAUGGGUGGCAUCUGCCCGUCUCGUCCUGCCCUGUCCCUCAGCGACACUUUGCUUUCCUUCUCUACACACCUGGGACAUUUAUACAUGUGUACAUGCACACUUUGUGCUCUUUAUUUUUUAAUGCUUUAAAUGGUGACACGUCCGCUGGUUUAGACUGCAUCAGAGACUGCGUUUUUAUUCUCCAACUCUAAAGCCUCUUUUUAUGGAUGUCAUUUUAUACAGCUUUUCUAACGGUCUGAAUCACUUCCCAGACUAUGGUUUUACAUUUUGUCAUUUUUGCUGCAGGAACACAUGAUGUAUACUCUUUCUUAGGCGGUAAAACGUCUUUAAGUGUUGUCAGUUUUGUUUUGAGCUUGAAAAUUUUGAGCUGCAUUGUCAGUGCCAAAUUGGUUUAUAGCAAUGUCAGGGACUUUUUAAGGAGUAGGAUGGUUCCCCUGUCUGCUCAUGAGAAACAGACCACCCUUUAACUGUGUAAGCUCUGCUCCCAGUUGUCCCAGCACAACAUUGUUGCUGAAGAAACAAAUGAAAGCAUAAAAUUAUUUUACUACCAGUGGUAGCUGCCAUCAUCACAAAUGCUGUCUUAAAUAAAGUAAUUCUUCUACUUGCUGAUCUUCA